UGUGUGGGUAACUUCCGGUGCAGCGGUUAGCAUAGUUAGCUUGUCUGUGUUGCUCAGUCUGAGUCUGCGCAGCAACAAUGUGUUCAGUUCAGCCUCUGAGAGAGUUUAUCAGAGAGAGACUAACUGCUGCUGCUGAAGAAAUCUUCUCACAGGUGGAAAAAACCAUCGUCCAGUACGAGGAGGAGAUUGACCGUCAGCGCAGACUGCUGGACCUCACCUGGAGACCCCGAACCAGCCAGAACCCCGCAGACCUUCAGCAACAUUUUCUCUGCAGUAAGAAGGAUGUUCUCAUUGAGCAGCUGAUCUCUAACCAGGAGAGGAUUUCUGGGCUGGACCAGGAGGAACCAGAACGUCUGCAGAUUAAAGAGGAGCCAGAGGAUCUGUGCACCAGCCAGGAUCAGGUGCAGAUUUUUCUGAAGGAGGAGGCUGAUACGUUUUUGGCGAUCCCAACAUUUAAGGAAUCAGCCUGCAGUGAGCUGGAACCCAACAGAGACCAAAUCCUCUUUGAAAACACUCUGGAAGCUGAAGAUCAUGACCAUGAAGAAACCAGCAGGACUGAAGAGCUGAAACCAAAGCAUCACUGUCUCAAAACCAGUGAACAGAGGGAGGAGGAGACUCCUGACAUGGAUCAGAAUGAGCAUUUCUGCAAACUGUGCACUAAACGUUUCACUCAGAAACGUUACUUGACUAAACACCAGAGGGUUCACUCAGGUGGGAAGCCUUUCAUCUGCCCCACCUGCGGCAAGAGUCUAAAAAAUAAGCUCAGUUUGGUUGUCCACAUGAGAAGUCACACAGGUGAGAAGCCGUUUCCAUGUGGGACCUGUGGGAGACGCUUUGCCCACCAGAUCAGUUUGAGUCUCCACAUGAGAGUUCACUCAGGAGAGAAGCCAUAUGAAUGCAGAGUAUGUGGCAGGUGUUUCCUUACCAGCAGUAACCUGACGUGUCACCUGAGAACUCACACAGGUGAGAAACCUUUCUCAUGCGCAACCUGCGGCAGACGUUUCAGCCAGAGAGAUAAUUUAAAGAGACACGUGAAGAUCCACAGAGGGGAGAAGCUGUUUUCCUGUGUCACCUGUGAGAAAAGAUUUUAUCAGAAAAGUCAGUUAACUGCACACCUGAAGACUCAUAGCAGCGACAGGCCGUUUCCCUGCGACAUCUGCGGGAAAGGCUUCUGUGACAGCCAUGACCUGUCCACCCACAUGAGAAUCCACACGGGCGAGAAGCCUUUCCAGUGUCUCACCUGUGGCAAAAGGUUUAGUCAGAGAGGGAAUUUAACCAUACACACGAGGACCCACACAGGUGAGAAACCUUUUGAAUGUUUAACCUGUGGCAAGAGUUUUUGUCAGAAAGGUAAUUUAACGGCACAUCUUAGCACUCACAGCAGCACCAGACCGUAUGCAUGUGAGACCUGUGGGAAAGGCUUCUGUGAUGGCCACGACUUGUCCACUCACAUGAGAACCCACUCAGGUGAGAAGCCUUUCCAGUGUCUCACCUGUGGCAAAAGUUUUAACAAUAAAUUUAAUCUGAUCGCCCACAUGAGAACGCACACAGGAGAAAGGCCGUUUCAGUGUGGGACCUGUGGCAAAAGCUUCUGUCAGAGAGGGAACCUAAACGUCCACAUGAGGACACACACGGGUGAGAAGCCGUUUCCAUGUCUCACCUGCGGCAAACGCUUCCAAAGAAAAGGUAAUCUGACUGCACACAUGAGCAUGCACAAUCCAUUCUGGUUCAGAGAGUUUGGAGAGUACCACCACCUGCUCCACAAGCUACAUCUGGAUCACGGUCACUUUCAGCUGUACUUCCGCCUAUCCAGGAACCAAUUUGAGGACCUGCUGCCCAGCGUUGGGGAACGAAUCAGCUUCCAGGGCACCAACUACAGGCGUUGCAUCCCUGCUGCAAAACCAACAAUGUGUUCAGUUCAGCCUCUGAGAGAGUUUAUCAGAGAGAGACUAACUGCUGCUGCUGAAGAAAUCUUCUCACAGGUGGAAAAAACCAUCGUCCAGUACGAGGAGGAGAUCGACCGUCAGCGCAGACUGCUGGACCUCACCUGGAGACCCCGAACCGGCCAGAACCCCGCAGACCUCCAACAGAACAAUGCCUGGAAGGAUGAGGGUCACUCUGACCGGCCUUUCUGUAACCUGGAAAGGAACUCAAGUCUUAAGCAAGAGGAACCGGAACCUCUACAGAUGGAGAAAGACUGGAAGGAAGCAGAACAUCUGGAGCUUAAAGAGGAGCAGAAUGAGCUUUGUGUUACUCACUGUGAAGACCAGCUUGAUUUCAGCCAGCAGACCGAUAGCUUUAUAGUGACUGCUCCUCUGGAAGAAGAAUCUGAACUAAACGGGUAUCAGCACUCUACUGCAACCGAAAUCCAGAACCAGGAAGGAAGUGAUUAUGAAGACUUGGGGUCAAGAAGUUCACCAACCAGAGAUCAGAGCAACAGAAUGAAAGUGAACAUUGCAGCUGAUGGAGAUCAGGCUUUUAGUAAAAUCUGUGGUGAAAGUUUCCCUCGGAGCUGCUUGACUCACGAGAUGGAGACUCACAUGGGUGAGAAGCACCUGACCUGUAAGACCUGUGGAAAAAACUUUCAUGAUAAAAACACGUUGAAAUUCCACAUGAGGAUCCACACAGGGGAGAAGCCUUUCCUGUGUCACACCUGUGGAAAAGGUUUUACUGAGAAGAUGCAACUGACUCGUCAUUUCAGAACCCACACAGGCGAGAAGCCUUAUAAAUGUAAGACAUGUGGGAAAAGUUUCCGGGUCAAAGACUCUCUGAAUACUCAUGCAAGGACUCACACCGGUGAGAAACCUUUCCUGUGUCAGACAUGUGGAAAAGGUUUCAUUGACAAAAGUACCUUGAGACUCCACGUGAGGAUCCACACCGGAGAGAAGCCCUUCUCAUGCCUGACCUGUGGAAGAAGCUUUCGUGUAAAAAGUAGCUUGACUUGUCAUAUGAGGACUCACACAGGCGAGAAGCCGUUCUCAUGUUUGACUUGUGGGAAAAGUUUCUGCGUUAAAGGUAGUUUGACCACUCACAUGAGAGUCCACUCGGGCCAGACGUCCUUUACAUGUCAGACCUGUGGAGAAAGCUUCAUGGUACAAACUAAUCUGAUCCAUCAUAUGAGGACUCACUCAGGGCAGGAGGUGUAAUCCUGCAGCUUCUCAGACUCUGCAGCUGGUGCGAAUCUGAACCUCUUUGUCAUCAAACUGUUGUCCUAAAAACAAUUAGUUCUGUGAUUGGCAGAAAACUAAUUGGUGUGCCCGUUAGGACUUCUUUAGGAGGAUAAACCCCUUAACUGUGUCCUCAGCAGCAUCUGGAAAGCAUGUUGUUCUUCUAACCAGUGAAAAGUGUUUAAAUGAAUGUUACCUGCAGCAGUUAAUGCACAUAUCUCUUAAAAAAUGCUGAUUACAGUAUUUUCGGAUCUUCUGGAUUUUUAAUGAAUUUAAGGCAAGCCUCAGAAAAACAUCCGUCCAUGUAAGUUUGCACACAGCCCUGCAGAAAUUCCCUUCAUCAGCUGACAAAUGAACGUUUAGACUAGUCUGUUUAUUGUUUCAGUCAUUUAUACCAAUCCUGAAGUGAACUCUCAUCAUAAUAACUGUAUUUUAUACUCAGGACAUUAUUCCCACCUGUGGUGAUUAUAAGUUCAGGUCUUAAGACACAUUUCAGCUACUCUCAUUUUACAGCUUUAAUCCCAAUACUUUCCCAUCGAUUAGUGAAAGGAGUUUAGAUCAUUUAUUACACACCAUUAUUAAUUCAAUUGAAGUAAAACCAGCUUAUUUAGAUUGAUUCUCCUUUCAUGAGAUGCAUGCCUAAUUUCCUGUCAGAAACAGUCUUCUUGAUUCAAUGAAGACAGCAAGAAAUGGGAAAAUAUGCAAGGAUUUAUCAGUCCUGAUGAAGUCCAACGUUUUUCUUUUAAUAUAUAUGAGGUCAGAUCGGAUGGCCCACCACCUCUAAGAUGUUUUAAAGAUCAACAGUAAGAAUACGUUGUGCAGUUUGUAAAAGCAAACAGAAAUCCUGGAAAUGUAAGUGGAGCAAAACCAUGGUAAAUAUGAAGAACCUGAAAAGAUGGGAAAACAAAGUUGUUUAUAAAGGAUGUGAUUUACACCCGGAGGCAGUUAAAUAUGUUACAGAAAAGGAAUCUUAAAAUUCAUGAAAUUCUACAAUUCUUUUCCUACAUUCACGUCACUAGGAGCUACUUUUAGUCUUACGAUUCUUUGUGAAUAUGGGCCCUGGAUUUAAUCACAACUAGAGCACUUUAACACUUAAGUAAAAGAUCCUGAAGGAAUCUGUCCUUUGGGUUCUGUGGCUUCUGAAGCGACCGGAGGGCAGAGGACUGGUAACGCUGGCCGGGAUCAACAGCUUUUAAUUUGUGUUCAUUUCACAGCAUCUACAUUAGGAAACAGAAUUACUGCGUUUGUCUGCAAAAAGAAAAAUCUCCAUGUGAUUUGUUUGCACAUGUACAACGAUGUUUUUACUGUAAAGAUGGACAAAAGAGAAUAGUUUUACUGUUUAAUAAAAGUAAAUGUGCAAUAUUUGGAUACAGCG